GCGUAAUGUAUCUAACCUACCAAGCUAUUUUCGCAUACUAAACGUGUCUUCCUUCACGAAUUAUUGCUACAACAAUGCCCGGAAGAAAAGAGGCCGAAUUCGUAACCACGCUGGCAGGGGUUGCCCAAAUUGUCGACUUUGUAGAUCGUCAAGACACCUGGAAGAGAGUCAUUGAGCCUCCAUUGUACAUCGACCUCGAAGGCGAACAACUCGGUAGGAAUGGGAGUGUCUCUCUGAUGACCGUGCUCGUCUAUCCCGGCGAAAGACUUGAGCAUAUCUUUGUUAUCGACAUUUAUACAUUGGGAAACACAGCAUUUAAAGUCGUCGGCGAGCGAGGCAAGAGUUUAAAGAAUAUACUUGAAGCACCAGAGAUAUCAAAAGUAUUCUUCGAUGUCCGAAGGGAUUCGGAGGCGCUCUUCGCCCAUUACGGGGUGAAUCUCCGAGGAGUCUGGGACUUGCAACUCAUGGACAGCGCUGCUCGGCCGAGAACAGAGCAACGGAGGUUACUUUCCGGGCUAGCCAAGUGUAUGCAAUUCGUACCCUUGACCAAUGCGCAAAAAGGCGAAUGGACUCUUUGCAAAGAGCGAGGAGACCGUGUAUGGAACCCGGACAAGGGCGGCUCAUACAGCGCUUUCAACAAGAGACCGCUGCCUGCCGAGAUACUACGGUACUGCGCGGGAGAUGUGGCAUAUUUACCUGCCAUGUACAAGAAAUACGCCUCCAAAAGUACUCGAUGGCGGAACUUCGUGUUUGAGGCGUCGCAGAAGCGAGUUGUUGAAUCGCAGGGGACGGGGGUGCAGCCUGAGGGUAAGGAGAGGGCGUUGAGCCCUUGGACGGAGGAGGAACAUAAGAUGCUUGAUUCGUGGACGGAGGUGAAUCCAAGGAGGAGCUACUUUUCGCAAUCGCGGGAAGAUGACUUGUAUGAGCAAUCGCUGGAAGAUUACUUGAAUGAGCAAUCGCGGGAGGAUGACUUGUAUGAGACAUGGCUUACCGGUCAAGAUAACGAUGCUUAGUAUUGGACUAAACAAGACUUCAAUUAGGGUGUCUAUGUUAUGAUACUGAGACAAGGUCAUGGAAGUGUGUUAAGUAAACAUGAAAUGUAUGCAGCCUCGCAUUUAGAGGGAAAGCAGAAGCGAGUG